UUGAAGUGUCAAAGAGUGACGUCAUAUCUUGUUUUUUAUUCCCUCCCUCAGACUUCUUCUCGCCUUUUUCCUAAUAAAUAGAAGCAGAAUUGCCUUUUAUUUCUGCACCAUCGUUUUCCCUCAUCGCCCAUCAUGGAGGACAUUUUUCACUGGUGCAGGGAAGGAAAUUCCAUCCAGGUGCGUCUCUGGCUAGACGACACGGAGCACGACAUGAACCAGGGAGACGAUCAUGGCUUCAGUCCGCUGCACUGGUGCGCCAAGGAGGGUCACUCGAAGCUGGUGGAGAUGCUGCUGCAGCGCGGAGCUCGGGUGAAUGCCACAAAUAUGGGCGAUGACAUCCCUCUGCACUUGGCAUCUGCUCACGGACAUCUGGAGAUCGUGAUGAUGCUGCUGCGCCACAAGUCCGACGUGAACACCACGAAUGAGCACGGCAACACACCCCUGCACUACGCCGCCUUCUGGGGAUACACUGCCAUCGCGGAGGAGCUGGUGAAUCACGGUGGGCUCGUGUCGCUGGCCAACAAGGACGGUGACACGCCUCUGGACAAAGCCAAGGCGCAGUUGGCGAAGCGACUGCACGAUCUGGCGGUGGAGAGUGGGCAGGAGCUGAGGAAGAUCAGCUUCAAGGACCAGAGCUGGUUGGGACUGAAGACCAGAUCGCGCGAUGCCACCUUGUCGCGGUACAAGGGCAUCAAUAUCCGUGACUUGGAGCUCCACACGAAGCUGGCCAUCCCGGCGUCCGGUGAGACGUGGCGCGGACGCUGGCAGAAGAACGACAUCGUGGCGAAGAUACUCAACAUACGUGAGUGCAACCCUAGGACUUCGCGGGAUUUUAACGAGGAGUUCCCCAAGUUGAGGAUCUUCUCGCAUCCCAACAUCCUGCCCGUGAUUGGGGCAUGCAAUUCACCACCAAAUUUGAUUGUCAUCAGUCAGUACAUGCCGCGUGGAUCGCUGUACGAUCUCCUGCACGGUGCCGUGGGAGUUGUGGUGGACACCGCUCAGGCGGUGAGAUUCGCCCUGGACAUCGCUCGCGGCAUGGCGUAUCUGCACUCACUGGAGCGCAUCAUCCCCGAGUAUCACCUCAAUAGCUAUCACGUGAUGAUCGACGAGGAUCUCACGGCGCGCAUCAACAUGGGCGACGCCAAGUUCUCCUUCCAGGAGCGCGGACGUCUGUACAAGCCCGCUUGGAUGUCACCUGAGGCACUGCAGAAGAAGCGAUCCGACCGGAAUUGGGAGGCGUGUGACAUGUGGAGCUUUGCAAUUUGCGUGUGGGAGUUGGCGACGCGCGAGAUCCCCUUUGCUGAUCUGUCGCCCAUGGAGUGUGGCAUGCGCAUCGCCACAGAGGGACUGCGCGUGCAGAUCCCACCAGGUACAUCCUCCUACUUGGCCAAACUCAUUCGCAUCUGCAUGAAUGAGGACCCAGGCAAGCGACCCAAGUUCGACAUGGUUGUCCCCAUUCUUGACAAAAUGAAGCGCUAAAUUAUGCGCUGUAUCUAUUCGAUUUCACAAAGAGACUAACUUCCUGCGUCCUAAUUCUCUUCCACGUGAUAAUUCAUCGAAAAUGUACUUCUUUCUUUUUUUUUUUACUAAUUCCUCAUCGCCAUUAACUCUCGAAUUUGAAAGAAGGAGAAGAUAAAAGUGUUCUUACAAUGCAAAGUGCAAAUUGACGAUACUGUGUGACUUGGCCUUAACUCUCUUGUAAACCUACUGUGAGGUAUUUUUUCUCGACGCUGCAGCAGAAGGAGCUUAAUUGGGUAUUUUUUUCCAAUGUUCGUGCCAAAAAUCGUUAUUUACAAGUAGUAGUGAUACAUAGCGAUCGGAGAUCGUUGAGUGGAAUUUUAAUAAGCACUUCAGUUGACUCACAAGUUCUUGGGCAUUACGUAAGGGGCGAAUUGCGCGGAGAAAACCCUUUCGCGAUCAAUGAAUGUGCUGAGAUGAGCUAGUCGAACGCGAAAGAGUUAACUUUUACAGACCAGAAGACUGGAUAAAUCCAGCGAAUCCAGAGGAGCAAAAUCCGAGAAACAAGCAUAACCGUGUUGUCUGCAAUUUCUUCUGCAGCGGAGAGAGUGUAUUUUCACUUUGAUAGUAGUGUCUACAUGAGGCAGAGUAUAAUUGUUUUAAUAAAAAGUCAUUAACAAGAGGAGGAA